AUGUCUAACAUGCUAUCAGAACAAUUAAAAAAUCAAUACAAGAGUAAAUCAGUCUAUUGGAGAUAGGAAAAAGAAAAACUACUUCAAACUUUUCAACCAAGAUAAAAUAACUCAUAAUCAUAAUAAAGAUCAAGAACUAGUGAAAGAAAAAGUAUUAUAAAGAACUUAGUAGAUUCACUUUAUAAUUAAGGAACUCCUGAAAAAAACAAAUCAAUUUAUUAUCAUUUCUAAUCCUAAAUCACUUAAUAAAAAUAACAGUAAUAAUAUUAAAGUUCUGCCAAAAAAUAACAUACAGAAGAAUUGACUUUAUCUACUAUUAUCAAUAAAUAUUAAAAAUAAGUUGAAACAUGUAAUUAAAAAUAAAUAAUAUAUGAUCCAAUAGCAGAAUAGAUCAUAGAAUCAUUUUAAGAACUCAAAAAGAGAUCUGCAUAAAAAUAAGAAAUAUAAAAAUGUUAAUCAGAAUAGAAAAAUAUUGAGAAUAGCGCACACAAAUAAAAUAUAUUCAGUAGAAUUAAUUAAAUUAGAGAAUUUAUAGAUUAACAAUUAAAAACUAAUAUUGAUGAAUCUAAUAAUAAAGAUAUUAAAUAUGAAAGUUAGUAUUAAUCAGAUGUUGAUUAAAGUUCUGGUAAUUUGAGAAAUAAAUCAGUAGAAUUUAAAUAGUUUUUGGAUUAAAGAGUAAGUGUAGGAAGAGAUUCUACAAAUAAUAGAUUAAAUCACAGGAUUAAUAAACUUCGUACUAUACGUAGUUGUACAACAUUAGAUAUUGGAAUAUAAGUUUCAUUAUUAGAUGAAAAUACAAUACAAUUAAAUCCAUAAACACAAAAACAAUAACAAGAUAGUUAUCAAUAAUAUAAUGAUUAAAAUAAUUCUUAGAAUUAUUAAUAAAAAUAUUAAUAACAAAAAUCAGAUAGAAGUAACAAUUCAAGAAGAAACCAUUAAGAAUAAUAUGAAGUUUAAAAUACAUUAUAAUAAACAUCUCCUUAAUAAUCACAAAAUCCAUAUUAUUAAGUUGAAUAAUCACUAACUUCAGAAUAUUAAUUACCUUUAUAAUAAAUGUAAUAACAACAAUAUUAAAAUGAAGAUUCAUUAUAAUAAUCAAAAAACUCAGGAAGAAUGAGUAGAAGAAGUGAAUUUCUAUAAAAAGUAAGAUAUUCAACAAAUGCAAAUGAUGAGAAUAAGGAAAGAUUUUCUGUAAAUAUUGAAGAAAUCAAAAAAGAAAGAUUAUCAGAAAAUGAAAGAUUUUCAGUAACUUCAAAUGAAAUUAAUGGUAAAGAUGGAAUCUUGGUCAAUUUAGAUUUUAAUAAAGAAAGAUUUUCUGUUAGAUCAAAUGAAUAAUAUACUUAAAAUAAAGUUAGGAAUUCAAUAAAAUCAAAUUUUGAAGAAGAUUUUAAAGAUAAAUUAAUAUUGAAAUUGAAUAAACCUGAUAUAACACUUCCAAUUUAAUAUAAAUGUAUUACAAAUAAUAAAGAGAAUGUUGGAGAACCUUCGAUUUAGACAUCUAAAAUNAAUAAUAUUAAAGUUCUGCCAAAAAAUAACAUACAGAAGAAUUGACUUUAUCUACUAUUAUCAAUAAAUAUUAAAAAUAAGUUGAAACAUGUAAUUAAAAAUAAAUAAUAUAUGAUCCAAUAGCAGAAUAGAUCAUAGAAUCAUUUUAAGAACUCAAAAAGAGAUCUGCAUAAAAAUAAGAAAUAUAAAAAUGUUAAUCAGAAUAGAAAAAUAUUGAGAAUAGCGCACACAAAUAAAAUAUAUUCAGUAGAAUUAAUUAAAUUAGAGAAUUUAUAGAUUAACAAUUAAAAACUAAUAUUGAUGAAUCUAAUAAUAAAGAUAUUAAAUAUGAAAGUUAGUAUUAAUCAGAUGUUGAUUAAAGUUCUGGUAAUUUGAGAAAUAAAUCAGUAGAAUUUAAAUAGUUUUUGGAUUAAAGAGUAAGUGUAGGAAGAGAUUCUACAAAUAAUAGAUUAAAUCACAGGAUUAAUAAACUUCGUACUAUACGUAGUUGUACAACAUUAGAUAUUGGAAUAUAAGUUUCAUUAUUAGAUGAAAAUACAAUACAAUUAAAUCCAUAAACACAAAAACAAUAACAAGAUAGUUAUCAAUAAUAUAAUGAUUAAAAUAAUUCUUAGAAUUAUUAAUAAAAAUAUUAAUAACAAAAAUCAGAUAGAAGUAACAAUUCAAGAAGAAACCAUUAAGAAUAAUAUGAAGUUUAAAAUACAUUAUAAUAAACAUCUCCUUAAUAAUCACAAAAUCCAUAUUAUUAAGUUGAAUAAUCACUAACUUCAGAAUAUUAAUUACCUUUAUAAUAAAUGUAAUAACAACAAUAUUAAAAUGAAGAUUCAUUAUAAUAAUCAAAAAACUCAGGAAGAAUGAGUAGAAGAAGUGAAUUUCUAUAAAAAGUAAGAUAUUCAACAAAUGCAAAUGAUGAGAAUAAGGAAAGAUUUUCUGUAAAUAUUGAAGAAAUCAAAAAAGAAAGAUUAUCAGAAAAUGAAAGAUUUUCAGUAACUUCAAAUGAAAUUAAUGGUAAAGAUGGAAUCUUGGUCAAUUUAGAUUUUAAUAAAGAAAGAUUUUCUGUUAGAUCAAAUGAAUAAUAUACUUAAAAUAAAGUUAGGAAUUCAAUAAAAUCAAAUUUUGAAGAAGAUUUUAAAGAUAAAUUAAUAUUGAAAUUGAAUAAACCUGAUAUAACACUUCCAAUUUAAUAUAAAUGUAUUACAAAUAAUAAAGAGAAUGUUGGAGAACCUUCGAUUUAGACAUCUAAAAUAAAUAAAUAUGAAUAAGAUAAUAAAUUAGGGGAUAGGUUUGAAAGUAAAAUAAAUACUAUUGAAAUUCCAAAGAUUAUUUAAGCUUUAAAUUUUGAUAAUAUUGAAUUAAAUAAACCUUAUUCUGGAACUCAAAUUUCUGUAGAUAUAAAUAGAUUCUAAUUAGAAAUUUAAUAAAUUAUGGAAAAAUAGAAUGAAACUUAAGAUGUCUAGUUGAAAUAAAAUGAGAUGAUUAAUAUUUAAUAAGAUUUUGCUUUAACUAGUAAUAGAUCAUAAUUAUCUGUUCCUAUUACAGAACCAACUUAAAUUCAAUAAAAUAAUUAGAUUAAUACAAACUUUAUAAGAGUAGAAGAAGAGAUUGAAGCUGGGUAGCCAGAUAUUAGAAUAAUUGAAAAUGCAACAGGAAUUACAGAAUGUAAUCUAUAAUAUUCUGAAGAUACAGCAAAUUUAAGAAUUCCUACUUAAAUUAGUAAUAAUGAAGAAGCCAAAUUUAAACCAGAUUCUUAUGUAACAUGUGAAAUUUAAUUCUAAUAAAUUAAAUAGGAUUAUCAAUAAUUAAAUUAAUUAUAAUCAACCUAAUCAAAUUAGAUGAAUUAAUCAUCUUUUGAAUAAUGGUUAUCAUAAACUGAUUAAAAUAAACGAAUAUUUAAUUUUAAUUGUUAAUCAUAAUAUUUUUAAAAAGAGAAAUGUGAUCAUAGUACAUAAAUUAAUAAAAGUGAAUCAGAUUCAGAUGAAGAAAUUCAGUUUAUUAAAAAAAAAUAAUAAAAAUGUCAAUUUAAUUAAGGAGUAACAUUAUUAGUUAGAAAAAUUACUUCAAUUUUAAAAAUUAGACAGAUUAAAUCAUUUUAUGAAAUUAAAGAGUAUACUCUACAUUAAUAAUAAUAAUAAUAAUAAUAACAAUAAUAAUAGUUACAAUAAUACAAAUCCUCUUUACAUACUUAUCAAUCUCCAAUAGAAUCAUAAUAUUCAUCUUAGUUUUAUUCAUAAUAAUAAUCAUAAACAUCUCUUCCCAUGCCUUCAUCAUAAACUUAAUAAUCUUAAAUUGAUUUCGUUCCUUAAGCUACCAAAGAAUAGGCUGCUUAAGAAAAAAUAUCAAAUCUCUUAAAAACGAUAAUUGAAGAAACAGGAUCAGAUACAUUAAGAAUGUUGAAGAAUAAAUCAAAUUUAUCACCAGUUGCUAAGACUUCAGAAAAAAAAAGAUUAAAUAGCAGAAACAAUUCUAAAUUAAGGAUUUCCAAAAAAUGUUCAACUGCUUCAAUAUUAACAUCAAUAUAAUCUCCAGUUUAAGAAAUUAAUGAUAGAAUUAAAGUUAAUUUUAUAUAAGAGAUGGGAUUAGAAUCACCAACUUAGAAACAUACUGAACAUGCAGAAUUACAUGAUUGCAGUAAAUAUUGAUGAUUUUAUUUUAGGUCCAAUUGCUGAGCCUAUGGAAUUUUAAGAUGUAUCUGUUUUAAUAAAAUAAAGGAGAGAGAUGAAAUAAAUUGCUGACUCAAAUAAUGGGAGCAACAUAAUAAAUAAUAGUUAUAAUGAUUAAAGACAUUGUUAAAUUUUGUCUCAUCAUAUUGCAAUACAAAAAGCAAAGAUUGCAAAAAAAUUUCAGUAAAUUCAUUAUAAAACAGCUGGACAACAGUAAUUUAGAAAAGAAAAUUAUUAAAUUUGA